AUGGAUACAGCGUCGUCCAAGUGCUUCUCCGAGGACCAGCUGCGGCUGUCGGGCUCACAGCUCGAGUAUUUCCUGUACACGAUCGUCUUCCCACCCUUGUGCGCCUUCGGAAUCGUCGGCAACGUGUUGACGAUUACCGUACUGAUCAGCAACGAUCUCAUGUCGAGAGCGAACAUCUUCCUCACGUGUCUGGCGGUGUUCGACGUUUGUCUUUUGAUUCUGAUGAUUCCACAUUCGAUGGCACAUUUCGACUAUUUCGCCUUCAAUCUGAUCUUUCGUUAUCCCUAUCUCCGUUUAAAAAUUCAUCUUGUUGCGUUCGCUAACUGGACAUCGGCCGUAUCGAUCUGGCUGGUUGUCGGUGUGUGCUUCGAACGAGUGAUCGGGGUUCGAUCACCACUUCAUCGACUUGUCGCUCCGUCAAAAGGACGUCUGGUUGUUGGUCUAUCACUGCUUCUGUCGGCUUGCGCAGCGCUGACCUGCUACAACCAUGUGUCACAUCAGUGUUUCAUGAAACUCUUUUGUCAUAACACUCAGUGGAUUGCAAAGUGCGUUGAUGUCAACACUAAUAGGUAUAAGUCAUGGUUCACAUCGGAUGCAGUGCCGAACCAGCAACCAAGUUCGCAUUGGUGGACACCUCACGGAACCAGUGUCUAA